CCUAAGAGUCGUGUGUCCUGAGAAGGCGGAGCUAUGGCGACAAGCCUAGCACCAGUUGUAGUUAAGGGAGAGAAGGAAGAUCUCUCGAACCUUCACCUCGGUCACGGGUUGUCGCUUGUUCCGUACCGUGCGAUUUCGCUGUCAUUCGUGCGACAAGACGGCUUGCCGAAGCUCGUCAACCAAUGGGAGCUGCGCGAAGCGAUCGAGGCAAAAUACAAGUUCCACGCGUCGGCUUCCAAUUGGCCGACAUUCAACGAGAAAGAUCUCUCGAUCUCCUGGACGAAGAACCUCGAUAAGAUCACACGUGGGGAGCCAAUCGCCGUCGCGACGAUCCUACUAUGGGGAUCUUCCGGAGAAACUAUAGCAUCUUCUGUAGUUUCUAACUUCGAGAAAUGGGAGACUAGGGUUUCCGCGGCUCGAAUCGCGUGUCAUGCUGAGUCAGCAGAUUCGCCUUCUUAUGGCGAGCUGAUGCGCGAUUGGCUGGAAGACGAGUCCGGACGAAAGGGUGGUUUGGAAAAACGCCCGGAUACGUUGAGGGUGUGCGGCAUCCCGUGCCGUUGGCUGGCGGAAGAGCGGGUUUCCACGAAACCCUCGUUGCUGAUCGCUCACACUGUCUUCUCGUCGUUUGGACCCAUCAUGAACAUCGAGCUUCUAGACCCCAACGAGGAGCUCCCGCACGCUAGAGGCAGACACGGAGCAGGUCCGGCGGGAUCUGGGAGGCCCGGACUGGGAAUAGGUCCGGGAGCAGGUUUUGGAGGAGGUUUGGCGCUGAAGCUGGAGACGGACGUGAUGGUGAGGUUCGGCAGCCACAGCACGUUCUGCGAUGCCGUGAAGGCGCUGGCUCGACAUGCGCUGAGGAAGGAAGGGUCCUCGUCCCUAGCGAAAGUGCGGUUAUUGGUGGAUGCGGGGGAUUACUUCGAUGAGAAGAAUGUGAGAAGGAGACGGUUUGGGAGGGAGCAGAAGGCGGAGGAGGAGCGGCAGCAGAAGGAACGGGAGGAGCGGAGGAGGGUGGAGAAGGAGAGGGCGGAGAGGGAGAGGAAGGAGGAGGAGGAGAGGAAGGUUAGGGAGGAGGAAGAGAGGGUGCGAAGGGAGGAAGAGGAGCAGCGCAGGAGGGAUGUGGAGGAGGAGGCCGAGAGGCUGAGGCAACUGGAGGAAGAGGAGGAGAGGCGACGCCAGGAGGAGGAAGAGGAGGAGAGGAGGAGGCAAGAGGAGGAGGAGAGGAUGGAGAGAGAGAGAAGAGAGGAGGAGGAGAGGAUGCGCAUUGAGGAGGAAGAGGAGGAAAGGAGGGAAGAGGAGGAGAGGAGGCGGGCGGAGGAGGAGAGGAGGCGAGGGGACGAGGUGGCAGCAGAAGCGCAGAGGCUGCGGCAGAUGCUGCUGGACGAGAGAGGCCGCACAGCUGCGGCCCGUGCUGGCGGCAGGGACUACAGACGGGAGGAUGAGGAUAGGCGGCCAGGGGCGAGGAGGGAGAGUGAGAGAAGGAGCAGGCGCGACGGCAGUCUAAGCCCGGAGGCGAGGGGGCGGCAUGGCAGGAGUCCAAGGAGCCCGAGCCCCAGGUUGAGGAGGAGGCACCGCAGUCCCAGUCCCAGCCCUGCCUAUCGAUCACAUCCCCAUGAUGGCCCUUCCCGACGCUAUGGUAGUCCUGGUGGUGGGAGAGGUAGACGCAGCCCAAGCCCAUAUGGAGGGAGGGACAGGCGGAGCCCUUAUAGGGGAGGCAGGGGCGACAGGGGCGGCACAGAGAGGAGCCCGUAUAGGGGCAGGGACAGGAGCCCUUAUGGAGGACGGAGGGACAGGAGCCCUUACCGGGGUAGUUUCCGAAGGAGCCCUGAGCGCAGGGGGGUAGACCACCGCAGAGCCCACAGGAGCCCGAGUCCCAGCCCUAGGGGGAGGGUGCCGACUGGCCGGAGGGGCAGAAGCAGCAGCCCUGGUAGAGACAGGGAGGAGAGCCCGAGAGGAGGCAGGGGUGGGAGCCCAAGGACGAGGGGUGAGAGAACAAGGGGGGACAGUCCUGCGGAGAGGAGAAGGGCGGUGAGCCCCAGGGGUAGGGGCAUCAGCCCAAGGCCGCGUGGGCGCAGCCCCAGCCCCAAGCGCAUGGGGCACAGACGCAGCCCGAGCCCCAGUCCCAGGGGGCAUGGCCACAGCACGAGCCCCAGCUUGCGGGGGAGAGGAGGGGGGGUGCAUUCUGAGGCACGUCAAAACAGGGGCAGUCCUAGCCCCAGGUUGAGGGGGGGAGCGCGCAGCCCCAGCCCCAAGCAAGGGGGAGGAGAGGGCGGUGAGGAGGAGAGGGUGGGCAAUGGGGGGGGUGGUGCGAGGGGCAGAAGCAGAGGGCGGUCGGAGGAGUCGGAUGGCUCCGGCAGCCAGGGGGAGGGGGUGAAGGUGAAUGAAGGAGAGGAGAGGGGGGGUGAGAGGAAGAGAGCGAAGCGGGCGCCUGAGGAGAUGGAUGAGGGGGUGGAGGGGGAUGAUGAUAAGAGGAUGCGCCAGGGGGGAAAGGGGGAGGGUGAUAAGGGAAGAGGAGUUGAGGAGGAGAGGUGGAACGGACGCAGGGAGGGGGGUGAAGGAGGGAGUGGGAGUGAGAGCGAGAGUGGGAGUGGGAGCGGGGGGGAUAGUGGGAGUGGAGGAAAGGAGAGGGGCGUGAGGGGCAGACGAGGGCGAGGCACAAGGGAGGCGCUCCAACAGCAGCAGGAGCAGAAGGAGAUUCUUCGUCUGGAGCGUGAGCAAGGUCUCCGAAAGGAGCUUCAAAGGCGCAUGGCUGAAAUGCAGUCCCGUGGGUGAGUACAAAAUUUAUGUUGUCAUGGUCCGUGUGGCAGGGUAGGUUUUAUCGUUAAUUACUGGGAUUUGGAAUUCAUGUUUAGCUUUUAUGCAAUGAUGUAGAAAGGAAUGUUAGGUGGAUUGGAUGUAUGAACCUGCUACUUCGGUUUUCAUUAUACACAGCUGUACUGGCUCGCUUACGCCAUAUAAGCGUUGGG